UAAGGCCCCUUUCACAUUGAGGCGUUAUUACAGCGUUUUUGCGCUAAAAUUACCGCCUAAAUACCGCAAUUAAAACGCCCCCCAUGUAUCACUGUCUAUCCUUUCACACUGAGGCGUUUGGCUGGCUGUGCGUUGAAAAAAGUCCUGCAUACCGCUUUUUUGGAGCAACUUUUGUGCGCCCAAAAUAGCGCUGUAAAAACGCAUAUUCCCAUUGAAAUGAAUGGGUACCGCUAUAAAACAGCGGUAAAAACGCGGUAAUACAGCGUUAAAAAAUUACCAGAAGCUGUUGGAGGAAGUGGAAAGGUCACAUGACCGCAGUAGAGUGAAGCAUUCUGGGAAACCAGGAAAUCCUGUAGGAGAGGAGACAAGCGAGAGAGAGAGAGAAGACACCUCAUUUGAAAAUGGAAAAUCAACCUGCUAUUCAACCAUCUGCUGAACAAGCAAGUAAUGAAGCAUCUUCAGGAAGUGGAGAACCAGAAGAGUUUAUAGACACUGUCCGCAGGCACCCAGAACUUUGGGACAAAAGAAAUGACUGGUAUGCAAACCGUCAGAAGAAAGUAGCUGGGUGGGAAGAUGUGGCUAGUCACCACAUAAAAAAUUGGAAGACACUGUCUCCUGCCAGAAAAGCAGAAAAAAUGAAACUCGUGAAAAAAAGAUGGAAGGCCUUAAGAGAUAACUUUAAGCGGGAAUUAUUAAAACAACAGCAGACUAAAAGUGGUUCUGGAUCCAAAAAAGGACGAAUUUAUUGCCACUACUUAGAACUAGAGUUUUUAAAACCAGUGAUGGAAGAGAGACAAACUGAAAACAAUUUCACCAGUGAUAGUGAAGAUGAGGUAAUUUCGCAAACUCAUGGGUCUACUUCACAAGAAAAUCACCAAUUUGAAGAGGAUGUGGAUUUGGAUGACAGAGAGACUCCAUUGCCCCCACGAAAAAACACCAUGAGAUCAAAAAAUAAUAAAAAGAGGGACACUCAAGAUUUUAUAGAUGUAGUUAAAAACCUGAUCGAAACCAACAAAGCGGAGAAUAAUGAGAUCACAUCCUUCACAAAAAGCCUGGCUCCGCACAUCACAGAAGUUCGAAAAGAUUUACAGUGUGAUCUAAUGAUCGAUAUAUUAAAAAUUAUUAAAGAUUAUCAAAUAAAAAGUAAUUGCGCUCCUGCUGUACACAGCCAUCCCAUGCCGAACCAAAGCCAGCCAUUUAGGCCGAGUAACCAAUGGGAGGGUUCUGGCUUUAGACCAAUCGCAAAUCCCCAAUUCAACAACAGAUAUUCGGCCCCUUAUGAUAUGCCCCAUACUUAUCAUAUGGAACAUCAUAAUACUCCUCCUCUCCCUCCUCCUCCUCCUCCCACUACUCCUCAGGCAGGCAGCAGUAGGGAGGAUAUUAACUCACGCCCCUAUUACCACGACCUUGGUUAGGUUAAAAUUUUUGUUGGAUUUGUUAUUGAAAUAUUUUGUUUACAAUAUUGAUAAAUAUUGCCCGGUCUUUCUAUGUUAAUGGUUCAUGCGAGAUAUUCUCCAAGUUAACAGUUUAGUUCAUAAAAGAUAGUUGAAAAGUGUAAUGUUCAUUAUUAAAGAAUUAUAUGAGAAACGUUUUCUAAAUAAUAUAUUGUAUUAUAAAAUUCCAUUCCAAAAAAGUUGUAUAUUUGUUAUUUAAAAUAAAAUUAUAUACAUUGA